AUGGUGGACGUCAUUGCCGUGGUUGUAGUUUCGAACGGAUGUCUCGGUCAUGCAAGCAUGUUCAUUCCAAAGUUUACGGCAGCUGGGGUUCUUGGGGACAAUGGAGAGCACAUGGCGCAUGCUCAAACACAUGUGGCAAGUGGCGACGACUCUUCAUCAGGCAAAGAACUUGUACUCGCCCGGCGCUUAGGUGUGGUGGAAGAAGGUGUUCUGGUCCAACAACACAAAAACAAUCAUGUGGAUGGUGGGUGGGGGGCGUGGCAAACCUGGGGAGACUAUAAGACCUGCACCAAGACGUGUGGAACCGGAACAAAGGUCAGACACCGAGUCCGGUACUGUGACAAUCCAUCACCGUCCAACGGAGGGGCCAAAUGUCAGGGCAAAGACCGAGAGAGGGACGACGGCGUUUGUAACGUUCAUGGAUGUCCCAGGGAUGGUAAGUGGAGUGCAUGGGGUCAAUUGGGUCACUUCCGGCACUGCUCAGAGACGUGCAGACACGGGGUGAGGUAUCGAUACCGCUACAGAGAGUGUAACGACCCGGAACCGGAAAACGGCGGGAAAAAAUGUCAAGGUUCACUCAAAGACGAAGAGUUCAAAAGAUGUUUUCUACAAAAGUGUCCAAAAAUGCGAAUGAAACUGAUAUCGAAAACGGAUAAGAUAAUGUCAGAUGUGAACUCAACAAAGACCGAGAGAUCUCCGGUCAAUACCGGUGACUCAGUAAACCUUAAAAAUCAAACCAGCAUAUAAAUUAAGAUGAUGGAAAACAUCUGUAUGAGACUCAUGGCAAAGAACGACGAAUGAGUUUUAUUGUAAUUUUAUUCAAUAAAGUGAU